AUGGAAGACGGUGAAUUCGCAUCAGAUCUGCUUGAUGAAGCGAGUGGAGACUUGCUCAAUGAUGCGCUGAACGCCCUGGAAGGCGACCAAUCCCCGUCGGAUAUGCUUCCCGAAGCGGGCGAAGAUUUACUCAACGACGCAUUGAACGUUAUGGAGGAUAAUCUGGUGGAGCUCAGUCUUUCUAACAAUGAUGACCUGCUAGAUGACGCCAUGGGGGUGCUCGGGGACGACUGUGAGGACGCCCCAGGCGCCCACUCGAAUAGUACUUUGGUCGAUCCUCUUGAGGAGAGAGUUACCUCAAUCCGCAAUGGCGAGCACCAAUAUAUGAGCACCGUAUCUCAAUUUACUAGCAUCCUUGCCAAAACUGGGAUCCACGGACCGCGACAUUUGCGGCAAUAUAAUCUGAAGACCCGCGCGGUUAAAAUUGGAAACGGCGCACAGUUUACGGUGUUCCGCGAAUACUCGGAUUUCUCCGGUAACGAGGGCUUGGUUAUCAAGCGGGUAAAUGUACCCCUAUCAAGAGAAGAAGGCGUUAGUUUCGCGUCGGGCGAAGAUUACCGCCUUCAGUUGCGAACACUGGAGUUGGAGGUGCGGUCGCUUUGCAACCCUAUGCUUCGCAAUCACCGAAAUAUCGUUCAAUUAGCUGCAUGGGGAUAUGAUUAUCCUCUCCCGGAUACACCAGUCCCAGUACUUUUUGUCGAGUCAGCUCUCACGACCCUCACCGAUUUUCUUAAAGUAGAAAAUCAGGAUUUGAUGGGAGAUAGCCCAAUGGAUAUCAAAUACCACCUUGCAUUGGAUGUUGUGGCAGGGAUAGAGGCCCUUCACUCCCUGAAUAUAGUUCAUGGGGACAUAAAGCCCGACAACGUUCUGGUUUUCAAAGACACUCAAAAUGAAAAGGUCCCGUUUUGCGGCAAGAUUAGUGAUUUUGGGGUAGGCACCCCCGGUUGGGUUGACCCCGAGAUACAAGAUGCGUCUCGAUGGACAAAAAAUAAUUUCAAGCCAGAGAUUAUGCUACGGUUCGAUUCUUAUAGCCUUGGGCUGACGAUAUUGUCAAUGUUCAUCAAACAGGGUGAGAUGGUUAACUUGGACUCUGAUGAAGAAAGCCGUGUGGAUGUUGCCAUCUCUCUUCUUAGAGAGGAGGAAUCAAUGCCAUCUGAUCUGCGCAUGCAGCUCACAAGAACCUUAAGGAGCUUACUAGCAGAAGAUCCCUGGGCACGAGCCCUACCAAAUCCUAACCUUCUGAAGCUGGACAACUUAGCAUAUGCAUCUUGGUUGUCUAUGUCGCAAACUGGCCGUAGGGCCACACGGUAUGUGGGCACCACGGAUCAGAUGUAUAACAAGGGCGCCAACUUCUGGCGCCGCCUUGACAAAUCCGUUAUCACAGAGCUUGAAGAGCAAUAUCGUAUUUCAAAGAAUUCAUUUGAAAGUGAUGCUCUAUUUGGAUUGGCGCAGAGUAUUACAAGGCUCCGAGCAUCAUAUGUUGAUCCUCUGCUGGAAUACGUAACCGAAUCCGCCCGAGGUGGCUAUUCCCCUGCGAGAGCUGUAUAUGCUCAACUUAUGCACGCCCACCGUCGAAAACCAGAAUUCAGCGACAAAACGCUGGCCAAAUGGACACUACAAGCGGUUAGCGGUGGGUAUUUGUUUGCGAAAUCAUCAGCAGCCAUCGCUCGAAAUGAGCUUGAAGUAGCAAAACAGAAGUUCAGGGAUGCGGGUGGGUUCGCUACUGGCCCAUUUCUACAAAAGCAGAAUGUCCUUGAGGCCGCACGUGAUGCGCAGAAAGCCAUUGCAUGGCUGAAAGACAAUAAAAGGAUGGUGGAUAACAAAGGGAAUACGCUUCUACAUGCCGCCGCUGCUGUAGGUGCGCUCGAAGUUGUACGAGGACUUGUCGAGGAUGCCAAAUUCCCGAUAGAAACUCAGAACGAUAACCUAGAGACUGCUCUCUACACAGCAUUCCAGGCCGGGCACGUCAGUGUUAUAGACUAUAUGCUUGACAAGGGCGCAAAAGCAUCGGUUGCAACGAAGCAAGAAAAGCUGACAGCCUUACAUUGGUUAUUCACCCUUCCAGAAGAUUGUAUUCGAAGGAUUGCUACCCGAAUUGUACAAGAUGCUGGGGCACUUCUUGACGCUCAAAUGGUUACGGCAGUAGCUGAAUUCAGCGGAGGAGCUCCUCAAAGGAUGCAAACUCCUCAUUUGUGA